GCGGCGGGGAGGCGCGGGGACCGGGCCCCGGGGGGACUCGGCCGGUCUGCUGCUGCUCCUGCUGCAGGUGCUGCCGCCCGGGGCAGCGGCAGGCCCGGGGCGCCGGGGCACUCGGGGGCCUGGCGGCGGCUGCGUCUGCUGGCCCGGCGCCGGCCCUGCUUUUCCGCGGGACGCGCGUCUGCUGCUGUUGCUGCCGCCCCGGCCACCACCGUCGCCGCCGCCGACCUCCACGGCCGCAGCCUCCCCCUCUCGGAUGGACGCUCUGCCCCGCGGUGGGCUCCACCUGAAAGAGGAGCCGCUGCUGCCCUCCAGCCUGGGCUCGGUGCGCUCCUGGAUGCAGAGCGCGGGCAUCCUGGACUCCAACACCGCGGCGCAGAGUGGCGUGGGCCUGGCAAGAGCACAUUUUGAAAAGCAGCCCCCCUCCAACCUCAGGAAGUCCAACUUCUUCCACUUCGUGCUGGCCAUGUACGACCGGCAGGGGCAGCCCGUGGAGGUGGAGCGCACAGCCUUCAUCGACUUCGUGGAAAAGGAUCGAGAGCCUGGGACGGAAAAGACAAACAACGGGAUCCAUUACCGCCUUCGGCUGGUGUAUAAUAAUGGACUUCGGACAGAGCAAGACCUCUACGUGCGCCUUAUUGACUCCAUGUCGAAGCAGGCUAUCAUCUAUGAGGGACAGGACAAGAAUCCUGAGAUGUGCCGAGUGCUGCUCACCCAUGAGAUCAUGUGCAGCCGGUGCUGUGACCGCAAGAGCUGUGGUAACCGGAAUGAGACGCCUUCUGAUCCAGUCAUUAUUGACAGGUUCUUCCUCAAAUUCUUUCUCAAAUGCAACCAGAACUGCUUGAAGAAUGCCGGGAAUCCCCGAGACAUGCGCCGCUUCCAGGUGGUGGUGUCCACAACCGUGAGUGUGGAUGGCCAUGUGCUGGCUGUGUCGGACAACAUGUUUGUGCACAACAACUCCAAGCAUGGACGCAGAGCCCGGCGCCUGGACCCUUCUGAAGCUGCCACCCCCUGCAUCAAGGCCAUCAGCCCCGGGGAGGGCUGGACCACGGGAGGCGCCACCGUCAUUAUCAUCGGAGACAACUUCUUCGACGGGUUGCAGGUCGUGUUUGGCAACGUGCUCCUGUGGAGCGAGCUCAUCACUCCCCAUGCUAUCCGGGUGCAGACGCCACCCCGACACAUCCCUGGGGUAGUAGAAGUGACCCUCUCCUAUAAGUCCAAGCAGUUCUGUAAAGGAGCCCCUGGCCGCUUUGUCUACACAGCCCUGAAUGAACCCACCAUUGACUACGGAUUCCAGAGGCUACAGAAAGUUAUUCCCAGACACCCCGGAGACCCUGAGAGGCUGCCCAAGGAAGUGCUGCUGAAAAGGGCGGCUGACUUGGCGGAGGCCCUGUACGGAGUGCCCAGCAGUAACCAGGAGCUCCUCCUGAAACGUGCGGCGGACGUGGCCGAGGCUCUGUACAGCGCCCCGCGCGCGCCUGCACCACUCGGACCCCUGGCCCCCAGCCACCCGCACCCCGCCGUCGUGGGCAUCAACGCCUUCAGCAGCCCUCUGGCCAUCGCCGUCGGGGAUGCCACACCGGAACCGGGCUAUGCCCGUAGCUGCGGCAGCGCGUCUCCCCGGUUCGCGCCCAGUCCUGGCUCUCAGCAGAGCAGCUAUGGCAGUGGCCUUGGAGCCGGCCUCGGUAGCUAUGGCGCGCCCGGUGUGACUGGCCUUGGUGUGCCCGGGUCCCCUAGCUUCCUCAAUGGCUCCACUGCAACCUCACCUUUCGCCAUCAUGCCCUCUAGCCCCCCGCUGGCGGCUGCCUCCUCCAUGUCCCUUCCGGCUGCCGCCCCCACCACCAGCGUCUUCUCCUUCUCGCCUGUCAACAUGAUCUGCGCUGUCAAGCAGAGGAGCGCCUUCGCCCCUGUGCUGCGCCCACCCAGUUCCCCAUCGCAGGCCUGCCCCAGAGCCCACAGAGAGGGGCUUCCAGACCAGCCUUUUGAAGAUACUGACAAGUUCCACUCUGCAGCCCGGGGACUCCAGGGCCUGGCAUACUCCUAAUUAUGGUCCGCAGGUGCUGUCCCCAAUGAGGCUGGACUGGAGGUCUUUCUGGACUCACGUUCAUGGCCGGAUGGCAGGGAUUCGGGUGGACCUCAACCCCUGGGAUACACAGGGAGAGGCCUUCACCUGUGUGCUGGGGGGCCCUCACACCUACAGACCCUCAUACUUACCUCUCUUUCUCGGGACACAUUAGAACCUCAGCACUGUGAGGACGCUCUUGGCAGGAGAGCAUCAUAGGGAGGUGUUGGGAUGUCUGGCCUUACUACUGGAACAGUUCCUCUAUAAGCGAUGGAUUUUGUGCAGACCAGAAUGUUGGUAAGAUGAGCAAGAACUGGGAACUGUGGGAAAGAGGACAGCUCAGGGAGAGGUCAUCUAGAGAGGCCCUGUUUGCAUCUGACCAAUCAUACCUGACCUAAUAGCCACCUUCUCUCCUGGGAGCAAGGUGUCUAGCAGUCUCAGGAGGCCCAUCCAGGCUCCUAUGGAGCUGCCCACAAGCCACUGGACCCCAUUGGCUGCCUUCACUCCCUCUGAGAGUAGCACAUUCAUGCUGACCAUAUCCCUCCUCCCUGUGGGGGUUUUAGGCAUGGAAGAUGCAUAGAAGGGCCUCCCGGAUUUUGACUCUGACCCCAGCAGAUGUUCCAUGAAAUUUGUCCCCCUACCACCACACACCCAGCUCUAGCUGGCCCCAAAGAACAGCCUGGCCAUGCCUUGGUGGCCUCGAACUCUGAUGAGUUUGGACAACAUGGAACAAUAAAACCAGAUGCAGGUGGCCAUGUGGCCUCUCGUGCCUG